AUGGCGUCCCAAACAACCUCGGCGGAGGGAAAGCAGUCUCCUAUCCAUAUCGAGGAUGGAUCCAAGCUCGAUAGUGAGAGCAACGAGGCAUUUACCCCAAAAGAAGCUGCCUCCUUGCGGCGUCGAAUUGAUCUGCGACUUAUUCCGGCGUUGGGUUUCAUGUAUGGAAUAUCACUUAUGGAUCGAAAGAACGUCUCGAAUGCGGCCAUCGCCGGCAUGAGGACAGACCUUUCCUUGCUGGAAGGAUAUCGGUACAGUCUCAUAACUCUAUGUUUCUUUAUCACAUACGUCGUUUUCCAAUCUCCGAUGACAGUGAUAUGCCGCAAGGUCGGGCCUCGCAUAUUCUUACCAGGCAUCUGUUUUCUAUGGGGCGCUCUCGUUAUCGGGCUUGGAUUUGCGAAAAAUUGGACCACAGUGGUGGGCCUGAGACUUGUGCUUGGAAUUCUGGAAGCUGGCUAUUUCCCCGGCUGUGUUUACCUCUUGUCGACGUGGUACACCCGGUUCGAGGUUGCACGGCGAUACUCGGUAUUUUACUUGAUCGGUAGUCUUGCGUCCGCCUUGUCGGGAAUCCUUGCAUAUGGCUUAAUGCAAAUGGAGGGUGUUCAAGGUGUUCGCGGAUGGAGAUGGAUUUUCAUUAUGGAAGGUGUUAUAACCUGCGCAAUUGCAAUUUUCGCAUAUGCCUUCAUCGUUCGGUUCCCCGACCAGGAACGAGACAAACCCUCCUUCCGGUUUCUACAGCCUCACGAAUGCCAGUACAUCAUUGAUCGUCUGGAGGAAGAUAGACGAGAUGUGGUAGCUGAAAAAUUUACCCUUAAACGAUUUUUGAAGCCGGCUGGAGAUUUCGAGAUAUGGGUGUUUGCAUUCAUGUUCUUCUGUCUCACCACUGUCACCUAUGCGUUUGCAUUCUUCCUACCCAUCAUUCUACGAGAUAAUCUGGGUUUCAGCCUUGCUGCGUCCCAAUGUCUCAUUGCGCCCCCGUACGUCUUCUCGGCAAUUCUGAUGUUCGUAACAUCAUGGAUUAGUGAUCGCUACCGGAUGCGCGCCCCCAUUAUACUCCUGAACUGCAUCAUCUUAAUUGUUGGACUCCCUAUCAUGGGAUUCCAUUCAAACAACGCAGUGCGAUAUUUUGGGGUGUUCAUUGCUGUUGCUGGUGCCAAUGCCAAUGUUCCUGCUAUAAUGGCAUAUCAGGCAAACAACAUUCGUGGCCAGUGGAAGCGUGCUUUCUGCUCAGCGACCCUGACUGGUUUUGGAGGCAUUGGUGGAAUCUCUGGGAGUCUUGUGUUCCGAAGCCAGGAUCGGCCCGACUACAUGCCCGGUAUGGUGGCAUGUAUUGUCUGCGCGGUGGCCAUUAUGAUCUGUGCUACACUUCUCACCCUGUACUUCAGGGCUACAAACAAGAAGGCUGAUCGGGGCGAGAAGAUUAUUGGUGAAGAUCCUGACUUCAGGUAUACGCUGUAGAAAGUUGUGUACUCGCACAAUUUCGUACGUUUUACGAAGAUGAAAAUGAUUCCUCGAUAAUCGAAAUAAUGAAAUUUGACGAUGAUGAGGAUUCGCAUAUUUCCGAAAGUCUCCUAAGAAAAACUCUAAAAAUUUUGGAGCCUCAAGUUUGGGCGAGCUAGGUCACAGAGCUGAGGACAAUCAAUCCAUCCGAAUGGCCAACUAUAGUGUGAGCACUAAUAUUGGCCAUGUCCGAAAGGUGGAUUUCCCGUGUAAUCCCCCGCACCGCACCACUCGCCGAAAACGAUACUUUUCGAGACACAUCAUAUGGAUCUACAAAAUCUCCUGGAAUUUACCGGCGGCCCGCGGGCCCUAGAAUGAACCGAAAUUCCAAGUUGACCAAUACAGAUUCGCUGCUCGAGAGCUGUGUGCUAACCGUCCGUUGGUUACAUCAUGAUAUUACCAAUAUUUAGACUUGAGCCUUCUUUAGUUCCGCCGCGCGGGGGGCGGGGCGGUGAAAUGGACUAGGGAUGGAUCUCAGUGUGUGCUAACUCCAAGAAGUAUGGAUGGUUUUACACCAGAACAUGUCACAGAAGAAGCUCCCAUAUGGGAUUCAUUGAUGAGAACUAAACUUAUAGUGCCAUAGACUCUGGAUCAGUGUGCAACAGGAUGGACAGAAGCACUUUGACUGUUAGUGCGUGGUAUAGAGACGCAUGUUUCUUCUAUUCCCUGUUUCAGUUGUAUGUCCCUGCUGCCGUUUGGGUGCAGUGGAGGAUCCAAUAGGGGUAUCGUUUGCGUCUCCGGCAUUUGGUGUCGCUAUCGUCUGAGUACAACGCAAAGACAAUUGGCAUCACACCGCAAGGGAAGCGCUAGCUUAAAAAUUAGACGCAUCGGGCGAUCGCCUGCGCGACUUGAGAGAGGCAAGGCGUCAACGCUUUACAUGGAAUGGUUGGAGCGUAAGGUUAUGAUAAUUGCGGUAUCACUUUGCAAAGAAAGAGGAAUUCAUGUCCAGAAGGACUCAACCUACAUGGAUAAUCCUAGGAAUUGGGGAAGGUAUGGAUAAUGUAGUUGCUGAUACCGAGCUCAGAUCACA